AUGCAGCUUUCUCUCGUCUUCAGCGCGCUCGCAUCCAUCGUGAUUCUCGCUGCCUCAGCGCACCCUACACAAGGAGCCGUCGCGGAACGUUCUUAUGUAGAGACACGCGUCGACCUUCUACCAAACGUGGGGAAGCGCGAGGAGCUUGACGCCGACCACCAUAAGAAGCAUGGUCACGGUGGAAAGCGCGAGGAGCUUGACGCUGACCACCACAAGAAGCAUGGUGGGAAGCGCGAGGAGCUUGACGCCGACCACCACAAGAAGCAUGGUGGGAAGCGCGAGGAGCUUGACGCCGACCACCACAAGAAGCAUGGUCACGGUGGGAAGCGCGAGGAGCUUGACGACGACCACCACAAGCAUGGUCACGGUGGGAAGCGCGAGGAGCUUGACGACGACCACCACAAGAAGCAUGGUCAUGGUGGGAAGCGCGAGGAGCUUGAUGACGACCACCACAAGAAGCAUGGUCAUGGUGGGAAGCGCGAGGAGCUUGACGCUGACCACCACAAGAAGCAUGGUCAUGGUGGGAAGCGUGAGGAGCUUGACGCUGACCACCACAAGAAGCAUGGUCAAGGUGGGAAGCGCGAGGAGCUUGACGCUGACCACCACAAGAAGCAUGGUCAUGGUGGGAAGCGUGAGGAGCUUGACGCCGACCACCACAAGAAGCAUGGUCAAGGUGGGAAGCGCGAGGAGCUUGACGCCGACCACCACAAGAAGCAUGGUCACGGUGGGAAGCGCGAGGAGCUUGAUGCUGACCACCACAAGCACGGUCACGACCACCAGUGA